AUGUCAAAGUACGACCAAGUGACGAAGUAAAGAUUAGUCUCAUUUUAAUAAUCCAAAUAGUUAGCUGCAUUAAAUGAUGAGAUAUUAAUCAAUGAGAGGGAAUAGCUCUAGACUACUUCACUAUUAGUCAUUGCUGAUUACAUUAGAGCAUCCAUUGAAAUACUCCUAAACUUAAAUGUUGAAGCGUAAGAAAAAAUACUCUAUCCAAAUGAAACAAUGGCCAAUUAAUCAAUGGAAUCGUUUAAAUCUAGUUCAGUGCUUUAAUAUUCUCGUAAAAGUAAAAGCAAUUAGAAAAAUGCUAUAAUAACAAUGUCCUCUUCAAAACCAGCAUAAAUUAUAGCAAAUGCAAAUAAGAAUAGAGUCUAGAAUUAAAAGGAAGAUAAUAGUUUUGUCUAGCUACUAAAUAAAACUAUUGAUAGCCAGCAUCUAAAAAUAGAGUAGAGUUCAUUGAAAUAAAUUAAUGAUGAAAGCACUAUUCACAUUAAUGAAAAGAAAGGCUAUUAUCUAUUUGAUGAGCAUCAGAUGCAAAAAUACGAGGCUGACAUUAGAAACUAUAUAUCGGUUCAAGAGCAGCUUUAGAUUUAUAUUGAUGAGCUAAAAAGUGCAAAGGAGAGGGAAAUUAAAGAGGGUGCAGAGAGAGAAGAUAGGAUGAGAGUGUACAUAGAGCAACUGAAAAAGGAUAAGAAAAGAUUAGAUGAAUUAGUUGAAAUCAAGGAUCUUGAAAUCAUUAGAUUAAAGGAUGAUAAAGACCUGGCAAAUGAAGAACUUAAGACACUCACAAAAGAUAGGAAUCAUUUAAGCAAACAGUUGAAGGAGAGUUAAUAAAAACUAAAAAAAUUAGAAGAGGAAUUAAAGCAACUCUCUGAAGCAUAAAAUUUUAGAAGAAAGUAAAGUACAGAUGAACCAAAUACUAUAUAGUAGUAACAAUUUAAAAGAUAAUCUUCUAACAUAUCAAAUAAAGAUCAUUAGACCCUUAAUGAAUAAGCAUAAAAUGUCUAGCAAUCUAUGCAGAAACAAUCUCAUAAAGCUGGACAUCAUAAAAAUUCAUUCUCAGUUUAAAUACAAAACUUCAUACCACCGAUCUAAACCCUUGACUAGCAAGAUUAAAAAUAGUAGCAACUAAUUAAUAUUACUCUUAAGCCACAAUCAUUUAAUACUUCUAGAUAAAUUUUGGAUUCUGAUUUCUUGUCAUAGCCUCAAAGCAACUUCAAAAUUUAGCAACAGAACUCAGCAAAUUUAAAGCUUAUUAAGAAUAAAGAUUCUAUAAAAAAUCAUAGAGAGGUUAGCCAAGAAAGAAAGAGACUAAAUAAUAAGACAACAUUUCUGAUAAGAAAUUACUCUCAGUAUAUUAAUAACUACCCAUAAUUAAAGGAAUUGAUUCAGUAAUCCAAAAAGAAUAGUCCGAGCAGAAAAGGAAGCAGAAAGAAUAAGUCAGCUGAGAAAUUUUCUCAGGAAUAAGCCACAAUAUUUAGAGAUUAUAUAGGUAGAGGUGGGUAAACUCAGAGGAUCAAGAGAAAAAAAUCGUUGGAUAACUCUCAUAAAUCUGGAGCAAUGACAGAGUAUUCUAGUUAAAACAAAGCAAUGGGUCUGACGAAUUCAGCUUUCAAUACUAACAAUAUUAUGCCAAAUAUAAAUGCUAAGCAAUAACAUUAAGAAGAUGACUUCUAACAAAGGCAACAGGCUGAAUUAACUGCGUUAUAAAGCUUUAAUUAUAACAAGAACUUAGACAUGUUCAGUAACAAUAAUACUUCACAUUAAAGCAAGAAAAAGAGAAGCUAUUAGUUGGAGGAAAUCAAAGAAGAUAACCCUAAUAAAGAUAGAGCAUCAUUCACUCAUAAUAACUCUAGUGAAUCUUUAAACAAUCUGAAUUUCACCAAUAAUAAAUAGAGGAUAUCGCAAGAAAAUCUUAAAGCUCAAAUUAAAAAUCUGAGGAAGACUAUUAAACUGACUCAGAAUGUCAAUAAAAAUGACGGAAAAUAAAAGUAAAAUAACGAAAAUAAUGACAUUAUCAAUCUUUAUUGA